CGAAGGCACAGAACGCUGUUCGAAUUGAAUGCCAUAUCAGUCCAAAUCGAAUCGUUGCCGCGAACGCAGCUCUCUUCAAAAGCGGAAAAAAUAUCAAAAAAUAUAUGUAUAUAGUUCAACCGAUCGAUCGGGCGAGAAAAACGACAUUGACAUUCAAGCGGGCGCGCUAAUUGAUCCAUUGGAAGCCCCCUUAACGCCCGGGUCAAGUGCUCUCAAUUGGAAGUGUCAGGUGGCAGCAUGGGGCAUCUGCUCCCCGUUCCCAACCCCCUUCCGAUCCCCAUCUCGAUCACAGUUCCGCUGUUAUUGCUGUUUUUGGGCGCCGCAGCGCCGGUUUUGGCCAGAUCCGAUGACCAAACCGCCUGCGGAUCGCUGGAGAUAAAUGAGAUUGCGGACCUGCGGAAGCUGCAGAACUGUACGCAUGUGGUGGGUCACGUUCGACUGGCCUAUGUGGAUCUGACGGAUGUAUCCGGCAAUUAUAGCACGGAUUCGCUGGCCAGCAAUGUGACCGAGAUCAGUGACUACCUAAUGGUGUAUCGCUGCACGGGUCUGAUCAGCCUGCAGGCGAUAUUCCCACGGCUGCGUAUCAUUCGUGGUCAGGAGCUCCUCUUCGAUCAGUACUCCGUGGUGGUCUACGAGAAUCGCAAUCUCCGGGAGCUCGGCCUGGUGGAGCUGUUGCGCAUCCAGAGCGGCUUCAUUCGCGUCGAAUCGAAUCCCUUGCUGUGCUUCGUGGAAACCGUCGAUUGGAUGUAUUUGAUGGGCAAUGCCACUCGGCAUCACUUUUCCCUCAAACACAACAGACCGCAAAGUCAGUGUCCCUUGUGUGGCAGCCUGUCAGCGGACUUCGAGUUCAUCAGGAACUCCUCGGAGCGCUGCUGGAACGUGAAUACGACACAACUUCGCCCCCAACCGCCCAGACUGAAAGACUGCCCCAUUGCAUGUGGCCUAAAUGGAUGUGAUAGUGCGGGCAAGUGUUGUGAUCACAACUGUGUAACUGGUUGCUAUUCCCAAAACUGCUCCCUGUGUGCAAACUACCAGGGAAGAAUGGGAUGUGUCAAUCAGUGUGUCGCCAGCUAUGAAAUAAACAAGAGGAGGUGCAUAAGUCACAGGGAGUGCCGGGAAUUGGGAAGGAUUCCCCUCAUACGCGGCUAUCAGUGUGUGAAAAAGUGUCCGGGAAACCAGAAAGAGAUUCUGGACGCCAAAGGCAUCAUCCACUGCCAGGUGGAGUGCAACGGCGAUUUUCACGUGAAGAGCGCUGCCGACCUGGAAGUUUUACAGGACUGUGUGACCAUCAAUGGUUCACUUACCAUCGAACUCACCAAUAUUAAAGAGAAAAUAGUCGAUGCCUUGGAAAAUGCUUUGGCGAGUGUUAAAGAGAUCACUGGGUAUCUGAAGGUCAUACACUCUGCGCAGCUGAUGUCGCUCACAUUUCUGCAGAAUUUGGAUGCCAUAAGAGGGGAUAAGCUGGUGGAAAACAAAUACGCCCUGUACGUGGUGAAUAACUACCAUUUGGAGCACAUUUGGCCACCCAAUCACCUGGUGAUCAUUCAGCGCGGUACACUAUUCUUUCACCUGAAUCCCCGCCUGUGCUACGAGAAAAUCCAUCAGCUACAGGGCUCCCUGAAAAGCGGCGAAAAUAUAUCUGUGGCAGAUGUAUCCCCCAAUUCGAACGGCGAGCGCGUGAUUUGUGGCGACGCGGUACGCUCCCUCAAUCCCAAAGUGGAGGACCUAAAUUCCACUGCGGUACGCAUCAUUCUGGACUACAUGGACUGGGAGGGCAUGGAAACGCUAAUAGGAUAUUCGUAUCACUACAAGGAAGCCCCGGUGCAAAACGUGACCAUGUACGAUGGUCGGCAUGGUUGCGGUCAUGACAACUGGCUGAUGGACGUUGUGCCCAACCAGAGUCGACGUCAUGUGAUAAGCGGUCUGAAGCCCUACACACAGUAUGCGUAUUUUGUGAAGACCCUCACCAGAACCGAAUAUCAUAUUCAGAUAGAUGCCUACUCGAAAAUCGGCUACUUCCAGACGCUGCCCGAUAGGCCAAGUCCUGUGCUCCGAAUAUAUGGCAACUCGGAAAUCAGUUCUCAGAUUCUUCUCCACUGGUGGCCACCGAGUCGUCCGAAUGGAGUCAUAAAAAAUUAUUUUGUAACCGCCGAAAAUAUCAAUGUUACCCAGGAGGCAAAGGACAAAAAUUAUGUGAAUAUUGAACUGGAAAAUGCUAAAGACAUCGAUUGUGAGUGCGCUGGUGUACUGCCCUACUAUUCAGGUCCUCAGCCGGAUGACGAGGAUUACUACAACAAAGAGCAAAUCACCUACGAGGAUGCGUUGCCCAAUCUCAUUUAUGUUUCGCGCAAUCACGACUAUCGCAGAAAGGAGUUCGAAAAAGUGAUUAACUAUGAGCACCUGCUGUCCAUUAGGAAGGAUGAUGAGCCCACCAGACCGCCCACAACCACUCCGGCUCCCACAAAUGCAACCUUGGCUAAGGAGAGAUUGGCUGCAAUUAACUACGAGAAUUAUCGCCUAAAUAGCGAGAAGAAGCAGCGCGAUCUCCAGGACUUGGACCAGCAGAAGUACACCAUCCGACAUGCCUUGCCCAAGUGCCAAAACUCCCACGCAUCCGUGGUCCAACAAGUGGAGGAAAAAUGCAUGGCUGAGGAGCCCUUGAGUGGCUACGAACUGCCGGGAAACCAGCACUUUUACCGCCUCUCCCAGUUGGAGCCGGAAACCCAUUACCGGAUCACCAUACGGGCUUGCGUCGAGGGCGUGGUCAACGGGUGCUCAACUCCGGCGGAGGCUGUGAUCAAGACUGCCAGCAUCCAACUGGAGCGGUUCAUCAAGGGUGUUUAGCAGAGAUCCCUAAAUCACAGACUUUCUGUAUCCGCUGACAAGUGAUAAAUGCUAGACCCAUAUGAGGAUAUAGGCGUGUUGAAAACUGAUGAUGAUGAAAGUGGAAACUCCACUUGUUUAACAUUUACUAUAUCUUUAUUUAGUGUUCUUGAAAACUUGACAAAGAGAGACCGUUAGACCUCUUAUUUUCCAAAACUAUAUUUGUGGUAGUUUUGCUAUUUAGAAAUUAUUUAAUAAGUUAUUACAAUAUGUUUUUCAUAUUUUUCGGUUUUUAACAUUGACUAUUGUUAAAAUGUUUAAGUACAAUCCGUGUCAUAUGGGCCCAACUAUGUAUUGUAAGUCAAGUGACUGUAGUUCCUCCAAAUGUAUUGUAAAUGUGUAAAUGCCAAACAAAUCCUCGACAAGCGACCAAAUGCUUUCAUCAAA